UAUGUAUGUACUAUGCCGUACUUGAAGCUUGACUAGGACAUCGCGUUCCAGCUAGGUCGCGUGCAAGGUCUUCCAGACGACCCGUCUGCAGAAUUCUCAACGCACCAGCCAAAUCUGAUUGCCAUAUCGCGUGCUCCUUCUCCGAAACCCAUCGGAAAACUGGCACCAAGCGCCGCGCGAAGUUCUCAACUGCCAACGGACUACAUCGGCCUCAAUCGGUGAGCUUGUCCCCGAAGGCACACACGAGACAUCUUGAUCUACGGUGCUUGAUGAGGUACUGUCGGACUGAGUGAAGAACCUGGCCACCUCACUCUCGUAAAGGUUGGCCCCUUGUGCCCACCGGCAUAAGAGCAUUCAUCAUCGCGGUACGACUGUCACCCACCCACGCCCUGACGACGGACGGUCUCGGCGUAACCCACGGAGCAGAGUAACCAUGUCCUCUGAACCCAGUCACGAAAUUGAGUACGAGGACAAGCACGUACAUCAGGUGUACGAGGAGAUUGCGUCGCAUUUCUCUGCCACAAGAUACAAGCCUUGGCCUGUUGUCGACCAGUUCCUUCGCAGUUUACCGCCCGGGUCCGUCGGUUUGGAUGUGGGAUGUGGGAACGGCAAGUAUUUGACCGUCAACAGGGAUGUUUUCAUUGUCGCCUCAGACAGAUCUCACAACCUUGUGGACAUAGCCGUCCAACAUCAACCCCACGACGCCAUCGUCGGAGACACCUUGAGUCUGCCGCAUCCUCAUUCCUCUUUUGACUUUGCAAUCUCAAUAGCAGUGAUACACCACCUUUCCACGACGGAGCGUCGAGUGCAAGCCAUCAAGGCCAUCCUGCAAACCUUGAAGUCGGCCACCAGAGACUCGAAAGCAGGGCGUGCACUGAUCUUUGUCUGGGCGUUGGAGCAGAAAAACAGUCGCAGAGGGUGGAGCGAUGAAGACGAGCAAGAUGUUCUUGUACCAUGGGUCUUAAAACAAGGCUACAAGUCCCCUUCUCCGGACCAAUCCACCACUUAUCAACGGUACUAUCAUCUCUAUCGCCAAGGCGAAAUCCAAGACGAUGCAAGAGCCGCUGGCGGCCACAUUGUCGAGGCCGGUUAUGAUCGAGACAACUGGUGGGUGGUCGUUGAGAGAUUGGACUGAAAAAUCAACGCUCGCAGAUUCGUCAAGCCUGGGACCGUGUUCAGGCUGUCUGUCCACUUGGGUAUAUCGUCACUAUUUUUACAGCGUGGUGCCCCUUGACAUGCUCAAAAUACCAAACAAAGCUUCAUG